ACUCCACACCUUCCGGAGCCUGGCCUGGCCCGGCCCAGCCCAGCCCCUCCGCUGUUUCCCAGUUCCUGGCGGCAGGCUGGGCUUAGGCGGUCAGACCGCCAGUGGGAGGCAAGCGGGGAGCCCCAAACGGAGGCCACACCCAAGAAGGCAGCUCACAGACUGUUAGCAACUUCGCGGGGAGUGGGGUCCGGGAGGCGAGUGGGCCGCAGGGGUCGCUCGGGCCACGCCCCCCACGCCCCCCCCCCCCACGCCCCGCUGACAGCCCGGGCUUGCUGGGGGCGGGGGGGGGGGGGGCGUCUCCCUGGGCGGGAGGACCUGCUAGUGCACUGGCGGUCCACAGCGCCGCAGCCUCGGUGCUGGGGAAAGAUGGCCUAUCACCUCGAAGCUCCGCCGGACCCACGCUGCACCCCCGAGAGGCCGCCUUUGCUUCUGGGGCACCGCGCAGCCUCCCGACCUUCGCACCGGGAACCGUUUCCGGGGCGAAUGCUUUUCGUAGCUGACCCGGCGCGGCCCGUGACGCGAGAGCCCAGACGGAAGUGCGGGCGGAGGAGCCGGAGCCCGAGCCGGAGCCCGACCGAGAGCAGGUCUCGGGGGCUCCGGCUGUGGGGACUGCUGGGCCUGGCAGCGAUGGCGACCCUGUGGGCCGGCUUCCUUCGUCUCGGCUCCAUGCUCAGCCUGUCCUGCCUGGCGCUCUCGGUGCUGCUGCUAGUGCAGCUGUCGGACGCCGCCAAGAAUUCUGAGGAUGUCCGAUGUAAAUGUAUCUGUCCUCCCUAUAAAGAUAAUUCUGGGCGUAUUUAUAAUAAGAACAUAUCCCAAAAAGACUGCGAUUGCCUUCAUGUUGUGGACCCCAUGCCUGUGCGGGGGCCUGAUGUAGAAGCAUACUGUCUACGCUGUGAAUGCAAAUAUGAGGAGAGAAGUUCUGUUACGAUCAAGGUUACCAUUAUAAUUUAUCUCUCCAUUUUGGGCCUUCUGCUUCUGUACAUGGUAUAUCUUACUCUGGUUGAGCCCAUACUGAAGAGACGCCUGUUUGGACAUUCACAAUUGAUACAGAGCGAUGAAGAUGUUGGGGAUCACCAGCCUUUUGCAAAUGCCCACGAUGUGCUGGCCCGCUCCCGCAGUCGAGCCAAUGUGCUGAAUAAGGUAGAGUAUGCCCAGCAGCGUUGGAAGCUUCAAGUUCAAGAGCAGCGAAAAUCCGUCUUUGACCGUCAUGUUGUCCUCAGCUAAUUGGGAAUCGAAUUCAAGUCUGCCAGCCUCAUCAAAGCCCUGACUUACCUAUUUGAAUUUUGCACUGACUAUGUUAUCUGGACAUCUGGUUGGCCUGUGGCUGUACUUCAUGGUAAAUUGGAUCUGAAAUGCCUGGUGGCUCUUCACAAGAUGCAGAUUUUCUUCAUGUACUGUGAUGUCUGAUGCAAUGCAUCCUAGAACAAACUGGCCAUUCGCUAGUUUACUCUAAUGAAUAAACAUAGUCUUGGUGUGUGGUCUUUCUCAUCUUCUUCUAGUAUCUUUAAGGAUGAAUCCUAAGGACUUGGACACUUGCAAUAAAGAAAUUUUCUUUUAGACCCAAGCCUCCCUGGAUUGAUGACAUACACAUAUUUGUCAGCAUCUCCAGUCAGGUUGAGAGGCAGCUGUUUGAGCUGUAGUGUGUACAGCUUUGAACUAGCACUGGAGUUCCAGUUGCCUCCCUCUGAAACGUAUAGCAGUUAUUGGAUAACUGGCUUUUUUCUUCCUAUGUCCUCUUUGAAAUGUAACAAUAAAAAUAAUUUUUGAAACACCUA